AUGGCGGCCCCCCCCCUCUUUCUCAUCCUACCUGCUCUGAUCCUCCCCUUUCUGACCCAAACCCUCGUCGGAGCAGCGGACGCUGCCGCUUCAACGCAGCAGAAGACGUACAUUGUCCGUGUGGACCACCGCUCGAAGCCUUCCAUCUUCCCCAGCCAUGCCGACUGGUACGCCGCGUCCUUCCUCUCCGACCCCCUCCACCUGGUCCAUGUCUACAGCACCGUGUUCCAUGGCUUCUCCGCGGUCCUCUCCCCCGACCGUGCCGCCGACGUCGCCCGCCAUCCCUCCGUCCUUGCCGUCCUGGAGGACCGCCGCCGCCGCCUCCACACCACCCGCUCCCCGCAGUUCAUCGGCCUUCGCAACCAGGUGGGCCUCUGGUCGGACUCCGACUACGGCUCCGACGUCAUCGUCGGCGUCCUCGACACGGGGGUCUGGCCGGAGCGCCGAUCGUUCUCCGAUCUAAACCUCGCCCCCAUACCCUCUCGCUGGAAGGGGGUCUGCGAAUCUGGGGCCAGCUUCUCUCCCUCCGACUGCAACAACAAGCUCAUCGGCGCGCGGUCCUUCUCCAAGGGCCACGACGCGGCGUCUGUCAUUGGCGGAGGGCCGGUGAUCAACGAGACCGUCGAAUACCGCUCGCCGAGGGAUGCUGAUGGGCACGGCACCCACACUGCCUCCACUGCCGCCGGCCGCCACACCUUCGAGGCCAGCAUGGCCGGAUACGCCGCCGGGAUCGCCAAGGGGGUCGCCCCAAAGGCCAGGCUUGCUGUCUACAAGGUAUGCUGGAGAGGUUCCGGGUGUCUGGAUUCGGACAUACUCGCCGGUUUCGACAGCGCGGUGGCGGAUGGCGUGGACGUGAUCUCCGUCUCCAUCGGCGGCGGCGACGGCGUGGGAUCUCCCUACUAUCUCGACCCCAUCGCCAUCGGAUCGUACGGCGCCGUCUCCAGGGGGGUGUUCGUCUCUUCUUCCGCCGGGAAUGACGGGCCGACGAGUAUGUCCGUGACCAACCUCGCUCCAUGGCUUACGACGGUGGGGGCCGGCACCAUCGACCGGACCUUCCCGGCCGACGUCGUCCUGGGCGACGGCCGGAAGAUUGCCGGCGUCUCGCUCUACUCCGGCGAUCCCCUCGGCGACAAGAUGCUCCCUUUGGUCUACCCCGGAAAAUCAGGUGGCCUCUCGGCGUCCCUCUGCAUGGAGAACUCCCUCGACCCCCAGCUCGUGAAGGGGGCCAUCGUCAUCUGCGAGCGUGGCAGCAGCCCGCGUGUGGCCAAGGGGCAGGUGGUGAGGGAGGCCGGCGGCGUCGGGAUGAUCCUCGCCAACGGGAUCGCCAAUGGCGAGGGCCUCGUCGGCGACGCGCAUGUGCUCCCGGCGUGCGCCGUCGGCGCGGAGGAGGGCGAUGCCGUCAAGGCCUACGCUUCCUCCUCGCCCAACCCGACGGCCACCAUCGACUUCCACGGGACGAUGAUCGGCAUCAAGCCGGCGCCUUUGGUGGCGUCCUUCUCCGGCCGGGGGCCGAACGGGCUCUCUCCAGCGGUGCUCAAGCCCGACCUGAUCGCUCCGGGAGUCAACAUCCUGGCGGCAUGGACCGACGCCGUCGGGCCCACGGGGCUGGACAUGGACGACCGGAAGACCGAGUUCAACAUCCUCUCGGGGACCUCCAUGGCGUGCCCCCAUGUCAGCGGCGCGGCGGCGCUGCUCAAGUCGGCGCACCCGACAUGGAGCCCCGCGGCCAUCCGGUCGGCGAUGAUGACGACGGCGAACGUCGAGGACAACCGCCUCCUCCCGGUGAACGACGAGUCCACAGGGAAACCCUCGACACCGCUGGACUUGGGAGCCGGCCACCUCAAUCUGAACCGCGCUAUGGAUCCCGGCCUAGUCUACGAUCUAAAGAAGGAGGACUACGUCAACUUCCUAUGUGCCAUCGGGUACGGCCCCAAGACGAUCCAGGUGAUCACCCACGAGCCGGUAGACUGCCCGGAGAAGAAGCCGGCGCCGGAGAACCUGAACUACCCAUCCUUCUCCGUCCUCUUCGACGGCGCCUCCUCCGGGAACCUGAGCAAGACCUUCAUCCGGACGGUGACGAACGUCGGCCCCCCCGAAUCCGUGUACCGCUCCACAGCUCAGAUCGCUGCCAAGGGAUUGACAGUAAGAGUGAAACCCCGGAAGCUAGUGUUCACGUCGGCGGUCACUGCGCUGAGCUAUGUGUUCACAGUCUCCGCAGACUCGCAGAACCUGACCUUGGGAGAAUCAGGCUCCGCCUUCGGUUUCCUCUCCUGGUCGGACGGCGAGCACGUCGUCCGCAGCCCCAUCGUGGUUUCCCGAAUCCAGGCCUUGUGA